AUGAGAUUCUUCUAUGAUCCAAAUAACACUAAUCUUAAAAAAGCCAUCAAUAACUAGUAACUCAUGGGAUAGGAUAAGCUCAAGGAUGUCGUGAUAUUUAAAAGAGAGUUAUUUAAGUUAAGUGAUGGUGGCACAGUCGCUAUUGACUGGGCAAAUUACAAUGAUAAAGUUAUAAACAGACCUAUUUUAGCAAUGAUACCAGGAUUGUCUGGAAACAGCAAUCAGAACUAUAACUUAAGCAUGAUUAUGGAAGCAGAAUAGUAUGGCUAUUAAUGUGUAGUGUUGAACUACAGAGGAGCAGCUGGUGUAGAUCUAACAAGUCCUAAGCUAUACUGUGCUGCUAGUUAAUAUGAUUUUAGAGAAAUAGUAGAUCACAUUCAUUUUAAUUACUGUACAAAUGAAAAUGGCAAGCAGUUAAGAGAUAUUUUUAUGACUGGAACGUCUCUAGGUGCAAAUAACCUUGGAAAUCUAAUUGGAGAAGAUGGGGAUAAAUGUAAGGUGAAAGCAGCUGUCUGUUUUCAACCACCAAUGUGGCUUUAUAAAUCCUCUGCAUGUAUCGAUAAAGGUCUCUAUGGCUUUUAUGGAAAGCAUUUCGGUAAAACUUAAUCUGCUGUUGUCAGACCACAUGUUGAAUAUAUGAGAGAACACAUUAUAAAAUCUCAUGGCAUUGAUUUAAGAUAAAAACUAGACGAGGUUAAAACAUUAAGGGACCUUGAUGAUAAAAUCACAUGCAUAAUCAAUGAUUAUUAAACAAUUGAGAAUUAUCACUAUUAUGGCUCUUGUGCCACUAGGAUUAAAGGCAUUAGAAUUCCCACGAUGUUUAUGUUUGCUGAAGAUGAUCCCAUUAUAGGGAAAGAAUCAAUUGACUAUGAAUAGUGCUUUUAGAACCCGAAUGUAAUGAUAGGAGUUACUAAGAGAGGAGGACAUACUGGAUAUUUCGAAUCAGCAUUUAGCCCUGAAUAGUGGUUCCCAAAACCAAUCAUAUAAUUCUUAAAUUCUUUUAGAGAUGACUUGAACUGA